AACCAUAAUUGCAUACAAUAUCAGCAUAAAUCAUUAGUUUCUAUUUAGCCACUAAUUAAACUUUUAGUUCUAGUAGACCAAUAUUUGAUUAUUCAUAAUCAUUAUGGGUGUUACAACUUUUACUGAAGAAAUUACUUCCCCUAUAACACCAAUUCGUUUAUUUAAGGCUUUAAUUGUGGAUUCAAAAUCCUUAAUACCAAAAUUAUUGCCUCAAUUUGUUGAAAAUGUUGUUUUAUUACAAGGAGAUGGUGGAGCUGGAAGUAUUGAACAAGUAAACUUCACAAAAGGUAAUCCUUUUGAGUUUGUGAAACAUAGAAUAGAUGAACUAGAUAAAGAAAAUAUGGUGUGCAAAUACACAAUGAUUGAAGGGGAUCCAUUGGGACAAAAUCUUGAUUUUAUUUCUCAUGAAAUAAAAAUUGAAGAAUCCAAAAUUAAUAUUGGAGGAUGCAUUUGCAAAAUGACAACAAAUUAUCAUGGAAUUGGUGAUUUUUUUGCCAAAGAAGAAGAUAUUAAAGAUGGAAAAGAUAGUGCUAUGGGAAUUUAUAAAACUGUUGAAACCUACCUAAUUCAAAAUCCAAAUCUUUAUACUUAGUUAAUAAAUUAAUUAAAAUGAAGCCUAUAUGGUUUGGUUCUUUUUUUUUUUAAUAAAUAUUUUUGUUGUUGUUAUUGAAGAUCUGUAGCAUUUCAACCAUGCUAUAAAAAAAUUUGUAUUCAAUUGAUGUAAGUUAAAUGUUUUCGUUGGGCUAAAUUUAGUUCAAUACGCUCUUUAAUAAAGUAUAAUUCUGUCUGA